UUGGAGAAUGAUACCACCUAGUCCCUAAGCCAAAAACUUGGGAGACAUCCUAGCAUCUGCCCUUUGCUUCCACUUGAUCACCAAGUCCUAUCAUUAUUUGUUAAACCAUUAAUAGAGUCUCAUGGAGAACUGUUCUUGAGAAGAGAUCCAUUUGUUGGGAUGUAAUUAAAAAAACAAUGACUCAAGAUAAAACCUCUAAAUGCAAGUACCAGAAAGAUUACAGCACAUCUCAGUGAAUUUGCUAGUGGAUCAUCUCUCCUUGUGGGUUGGCACGCAGUUGUAGGACUGCAAAAUGGGUCUCCGGAUUCACUUUGUUGUUGACCCACAUGGUUGGUGCUGCAUGGGUUUGAUUGUCUUUGUCUGGUUAUACAAUUUUUUUUUAAUUCCCAAAAUUGUCCUCUUUCCUCACUAUGAAGAAGGACAUAUUCCAGGCAUAUUAAUAAUAAUAUUCUAUGGCAUUUCCAUCUUUUGUCUGGUUGCUUUAGUGAGGGCCUCGAUAGCAGAUCCGGGCAGACUCCCUGAGAACCCGAAGAUCCCACACGGAGAAAGGGAGUUCUGGGAAUUAUGUAACAAGUGUAAUUUGAUGAGACCAAAGCGUUCCCAUCACUGCAGCCGCUGCGGCCACUGUGUGAGGAGAAUGGAUCAUCACUGUCCGUGGAUUAACAAUUGUGUUGGUGAAGAUAAUCAUUGGCUUUUUCUGCAGUUGUGUUUCUACACUGAACUUCUUACUUGCUACGCACUGAUGUUCUCUUUCUGCCACUAUUACUACUUUCUUCCACUAAAAAAGCGUAACUUGGACCUCUUUGUUGUUAGACAUGAAUUGGCCAUAAUGAGACUAGCUGCCUUUAUGGGCAUUACUUUGUUAGUUGGAAUAACUGGACUUUUUUAUACUCAACUAAUUGGCAUCAUCACAGAUACAACGUCUAUUGAAAAGAUGUCAAACUGUUGUGAAGAAAUAUCGAGGCCCCGAAAGCCAUGGCAGCAGACCUUCUCAGAAGUUUUUGGCACUCGUUGGAAGAUCCUGUGGUUUAUUCCUUUCAGGCAGAGGCAACCACUGCGAGUUCCCUACCACUUUGCCAAUCACGUCUAAACAGAUGGAUGGUGGGCACAGAUGGGUCCUCCAUGCUGGAAAUGCGUUACAGGUUUUCUGAUAAUAGAACUAUGACAGUCUUCAAGUCAAUUAAAAUCCACCCACCAAUCUUAGGCAUCAUAAUGUGCCCCGGGCUUUAUUUUAAUAGUGAUCUUGAUCCUGUUGUGGGGCUAAUACAAGCUCUAUAUUUAAGUUUGAAAGCAUGUUUACUUUCAAGUUAGCUUUCCACAGGGAUUUCUUUAAAUGCUUUUGUUAUUAAACUCACAAGGCAGUGAUUGCGAUGAAAUAAUUGUACAUAAUUUCUUGUAGUACUGACGAUGUUAUGGAUUUUAAUUUAUGGGAAAUUUCAGAUGUUUAUUUAAAUUUCUCACUCUUAAGCAGUAUUAACCAAAUCUGACAUUAAUUCUUCAGGUUUUACAAAAGUUGAUACACCUUAUAUGUAAGUUUUCUUUAUCAAAUACAAUUUAAAAUACACAGUACUUCCUUUUAUAUGUGCUGCAAGAUUUUUUAAAAUGCAGCAUAGGAUCGAACAACAACAAAACGAAAACAGCAACAAAAGGGCAAUGUUUUCUUAGCAGUAGGUUUCUAAUGUUUUAUUCUGUCCACCAAAAAUAAAAUAAAAAUACCACUAAAAUAAAACACCAACUACCUACCUUAUUUUAAAGGAGGGAUUAAAAUGUUUUUUCACAUUACCUUUCCCAUCUGUUUUCCCUGUACUGUUGUAAUUAUUGAGUUUUUUAAAAAUAUUUGCUCCAAGGAGAAAUUUUUAACCAAGUGGGCAUGUAUUCCUAUCUUACCCUGAGAUUCUGAUGAGCAAAAGGCUAGAGAAUUUGCAAUAACUCCACAGAUACCUUUUCCAGUGCACUUAUAUUAGAAGGUGUAUGUUUUAAAAUGCUAAUAUAACUAGAUAAUAUUUAAUGUACAGUAUAAAGAGGAAUAUUGUGCUUUUGGAAAAAUAUAUAUACUUUUUAUUUACCUACUGGUAGAUCUAAAAUUACACAUUGAAGGUUUAUAUAUAAUAGAUAUUGGCCAACAAAUAUUGAAAUUUUAUUUAUAGUAAAAGUAAUUUUUGUGUACCUGUAGUCACCCAAAUUGAAAUUAAAUUCUAAUUGGCCAACUGUAAUUUGGAUUGAGAGACCUUUUGUUAGUAGCUAAUGUUAGGAAAUAACCUUAAAAUAAGAAAUAUAAUGAUUUGGACUUAUCAUUAGCUUUAUACAAAUUUAAAUUGCUAAUAAUGAUGGUCUCUUGGAAAUCAGAGAACAUUUGUGUGAAAAGGCAUAUAGCAUGCUUUGAAGGAAAUUCAGCCUUUAAAUUUUUUUCCAUUAGAAUACUGCAAAAUCCGUAUAUCUUUUUAAAAAAUAUAUGUACUCACAGUCUUUCCCUUGAAGAGAAGAUUGAAGAGGUCUGCUGUUCUUCGAGCAUAUCAAUAUUUUCCUUUUAAUUAGUUUGGAUAGUAAGCAAUCAUACCUGACAAAUCAUGAAACAGAAGAUUGCCAUUGUCAGCCACUUAACUAUACUGUGGUUAGUUCUUUCAGAAAUUGUAAAUAUCCUCUAAAAUAGUAGAAUAAGCUCAUCUCAGAGAUGUCAGUACCAUGUCUUUCAUGUUCUGAUUACAAUGCUUUAUUAUUUAAGCACUUAGAAGUGGCAGAUGAAAAUAUUUUAUUGGUGCUGAUAAGAUGCAUAGUAAAUUUAAUAUGAGAAAUAUAUUUAUAGAGCUUAAUGAACCACAAAAUUAGUAUGUUUGUGUCAGGCAAAUGGGUUGGGUUUUGUGCAAGCUAACGUAUUGACCAAAUUUGGCCUGGUGACAGAACUGUUAUAAGGAAGCAACGUAUACAUAAAGUAGAUAGAUAUCAGUUGAAUGCCUUAUGUUGUAUACAUUCCUUUGAAAUGAGGACCUUGAGGAAACAGCAAAGCCAAGUGAAGAGCCCUAAAGAGCUUUCUGGACAUAUUUAUACUUCAUAGAGUAGCAGGAGCUACCCUGCAAAGCACCUGGGCGGUCCUCAGAGCCACCCUCGGCCUCAGUAGUAAGAAGCAGAGGGGGUUCCUUUCCCCCUCUGAGGGCUUUUGUUGUUGUUAUCCUUAGACUUACCACUUCUAGGGUGCAUACUCUUCCCUCUUUUCUCUUUAUCUUCCCUGGUCCUGAUCCCUCUAAGUUACUGGAAUACAAACUAGUAUAGGCAAGGCAUAUAUUUAUUUUGUUUGAAUGGCAGAAAUGCUACAUAUCAAUAUAUUUAUAUAAGAAUCUAUAUUAAAGUAUAUAUAUACUUAUGCUGUAACUUUCAGUAUUCCCAAGUUAGCACCCCUAACUGUGGGUUUUCUAAUUCUUGUUAGACGACUUGAGAGAAACCACCUGGCAGUUUCCUAGGGCGUGCGUGAAGUCCGGUGUUCUCUCUGCGCCCUCUUUUGGCUAAGUGAUGUAAUUGUACUGGCUCUAGAGACUGAACUGCCCCACGAGGAAAUUGUGCAGCCAAAUUCUGAACAUGUCGGCGGUGCAAACUUAGGGAGAAUAAUGGACAAAAAUGUAAGAUUUUAUGAAACUGUGUUCCUGUUUAUGGUGUCAACGUCUGGUUCAUACAAAUAUGAUGACUACUUUGCUUCAUUUAUGUAUAUUCUUACUAUAUGUUUUACUAUCAAUUAUAAAUUUAUAUCAGAUCAGGAUAAAAAAUGUCAACCAUUUCAUGAAUUUUAUUUUAAACCUUAUUUUGGCAAAUUAAGUCCUUAGAUUUAGAAGAGCCAUUACCCUAAAAUUGCCAAUUUAUUACAAAACACAGAAAUUUAUUGUAGUUACUAUGGCAAGCAAAUAUCUAAUGUGUUUUACUGAAUAGCUAAAAAAAAGUUAGUUUUUUAAAUCUCAGUUUUGGAAUGAUUUUUUUUACUGAUUCUAUUGCAUUAAAAUAGUAAGAGAUUACUAAUUCUUUCUAUACUUUUCUUCAUUCUUUUUAAACUUUCCUACUCAGAGUUAUAGCUGUAGCUUUAGUAGCCAGUUUAUUCUAUAUUCUGGAUAACCUGGCAAAUAACUAAUGAUGUUAGGCAUUAGAAAAUAAUAAUGAACAAUGAGAUUAGUGAUGUAAUCUAUAUGUUGGAUGAAGUAUUUUCUUACAAACAUUCCGUUUCAUUUUAAGCAAAAUGUAUGUUAAAGGAUGUGUUACAUCAGCAAAGUCAUUAAUUGGGCUUCUGGAAUGAAAGAUUUUUACCUAGAUAUUAUAAACUACGCCUCUUGAACAAUUAUAUUUGUUAUUAUUCUUUUCUGUAAACAAAGAUGUUUUUGGGCUCAAGACUGCAGGCAAAAAUUGAAUUCAAAAUCCCUCACACAGUAGGCAUCCAGCUAAAGAGCUCUUGGUACUUUGAAACCAAGACUUAUCAUUUAAAAAUAUUAAGUUAACUGAUGUUCCAUUAAAGAAAAAUGCUAUUUUGCUUAAGAGUUGUAUUAAAAAUAUUGGUGGUUAACAUAAGAGAUAGCUAUAUUUAAAAUUUCAGUUAAUGUAUUCAUCUCUUUUAAUAGGAGAAAGCAUAGUUUACUUUUAAUAGUAGUCGAAGUUGAGAACAUAAGCAUGCAUAAAGUUCAGUUUAACAGCUAAGUCAACACUUCCGUCAGAAUGAACAUCACUGCAUUUUUGCUAGUGCUUCGAGGUAUUUUUCUCUAAGGAUGGUGGCCAGUUGUAACUAUUCUUCAUCAGGCUUUUUCAAGUCACUUACAUACAAGUAAUGAGUUGAAGAUGUGUUUCACCCAACAGGGUGUAUUUAUUCUGACUGCUCAUCAUCAAGACUUAAGUUAGGACAGCACUUCCAACCAGGAAAUGUGCAGUCAUUUCGAUUACGUCCACACAGUUUUCGAUGUGUUAGGUCAUGGGGAAGUUCUAGUGUUCUCACGUGUGUUGCUAUACAAUCACAGUGUGUCCAGCCCUGGUUACAGUAGCGUUGAUACUAACAGAGCUGCUGGUCUCCCUGGACCUUUCUCUAGUCACUGACCGCUUCCCUUGUGCCUCGUGUGUGAGUAGUUACCCAGAUCAAGUUUACUUAACUACUGCUGCUUCAUUAAACAAGUUUUUGACGUGACCUCUAAUAUACAUAGAUAUAUCUAGAAUUUAUUUGGUAAAGUUUACAGUUAGAAACACUAAAUAAUUUACUAAUAGAGAGAAGUAUUAGAUUUUUUACUCAAUACUACUAUUGUUGCUUUCAAAAAUAUAAGUAUUGGCAAAAGUAGUUAGUAAGUUGUGCAUUUAGUAUGUUCUACUUGCUAGUAUUAGUAACCAUAUAAUUAACAAUGAAUGAGUGUAUUAUUUAAUGUCCACGUCUGUUACCUUCUAUUCUAAGAAUCCUCUGGAUUUAUCUAUAAAACACAAAUUUCAUUAUGCUCUGAAUUUAGCCAUUCUCAAUUGAAUUCUAGAAUAUUCUACAGUAGAAUGUGAGAAAGUAAUAGAACCAACUUGCUUGGAGUAUUUUGAACCAAUGUUGUCCUUCUGUAUAUCAGUCAAUAUUUAGCAUUUCUGCUGCCUUUGAGACGAUGAUGGUUUAACUUCAGGAACUUGAUAAUUUCUCUGACGUCUCCUUUCAUUAUCAUUGUGCAACUUUUAACAACAUUUACUACAUUUUUGUCUGUUUUUCGGAUGUUGUAAUAUUGCCUGCUAGUGCUAGUUUGAAGCAGAGAUAACAAUGGUAUUUAAAAUUCUCAAGUCAUUGGUAUUGCCAGUAUUUUCCAUUAUCAUUAUAUUUUUUACUGUUAUUAUGUUCUUUUCCCUUGUCCACCAUAGAGGACAAGUUCAAAUGAGUAGUGAGUAGCCAAAAUUGGAUGAAGAGAGUAGAGGAACUUACAGUAAGAUGGAGAGAAGGCUAGAUGGAACAUGGAUAAUCAGUGUCUCAGCAUCUGGGUAGUUGCUGAUAGUUUCUGUGACAUUGGAAAACCCCCUGCUACAAUCAAUUUAGGCUUAUCUCUUGUUGAUACUAUUUUACUGUAAGAGUUGUUAAUGCAUCUAAGCAUUUCGUUUGAGUGAUUUUAUCUAAGCAAUUUAUAUUGCUCAUUCUUUUCAGCUGGUCAGAUGCCUUUGAGAAAUUAUUUUAAAUUUUAAAUAUAAUUGUGUAGUGUUUGGUAACAUGAAAUGUUAAGAACAUUGUGAACGAGGCAGCUAUUUAAUGCUGAGGAGAAAUAAAUAGGUUGCCAAAAGUUUGGUUGAAAAAGCUGACCUUUUUUCCAGGUCUCCUAUUGCAAAGAAAGGAUACUAAGUAUUAUAGUAAACUGUCACCAGAGGAAAGAUGAACACCUUGUUUAUAAAGGGUGAUUUUCACUUUAAAAUUUGGGCCGUUUUGGAGUUCUUGCUACCUUGAGGGUCUCCAUAUCUAUUGGUAUUGUGAAUACCUGUAGCAUGUAACGUAGUGCUUACACAAUUCAACACUCUCGUCUUUUUGGUAUUGAUAGCUUUAUACAUAAACAAAGAUGUGGACAAAACAGCAAGAAUGAAAGGUGUAUUUCUUCUUGUGGCUUUGCUUGCCUCUGACCAAGUACAGGGUUUAAUUGCAUAGGCUGUUAACUAAAUGGAAAGCUGUCUGCCUAGUGAGAGUUCUGUGUUCUUGCCAUGCACAUGGGGUGAAGUUGAACCUACUGGUGCCUGAAGUCAGUGUUUUACAACCUCAACAACGACAACAUUGUGGUGCUGCUCACUUCAGCCCUGAGUGACAUUUUUAAUUCCUGUACCAAAGAGUUCAUUUUCUUUUUGGUUGAGAGUUUCCUUCUCGCAUCCUUGUGUUUAUAAAGUAGAAGUUAAUGUUACUAAGAAUAAUUUUGCUUAAUGGAUUGUAGUUUUUGCACACUGCUGCCUCAGUUUACUGGUUUUAAAUGUCUCUCAUUUGGGCAUUUUUUUUAAGUUAGGCAGAUUAGCGUGGUUUUUCAUUUUGUAUGUUAGCAUAGAUUGGCUACUUUAAAAGGUAUUUUAAUAGGUUGAAGUUACAAAAGAUAAUUGAAGCUCUUUUCACAAGAUUUGUUUUGUUUGGUUUUAUUUCUGCAAGAAAAAGAAAUAAUAAGAACUCUACUUUUAUUUCUAUAAAUGAACUAUAUUGAUUAUUGGGCUCUUUUAAUGAAUGCUGAAACAAAAUGCUAAAAUGAAAGUUAAGGGCCAUUCUGAUUACAAAUGAAGAAUUCUGCGUCUGUGUAUGUGAGUGUGUGUGUAAUCCUUGGUGGCAUUAAAGAAUGAUAUUGCCAUUUGUCUAUUUUGCAAAUAAAGAUAAAAUUAAAGAACACUUUUAAAAUAUACAUAUACAAACACUUGCCCAAUAGGAAAUGCAAAUGUACUUUGAUUUAAGCAAAACUACUAGUAGAAAACUGAACUUUACAAAAAAAAAGUCUUGAUGUUGUUACUCUUUACAUAAAAAGUUAGAUUAUGUUAAAAACUAAUUCUGCUUAGUGAUUCAUUUUACAAAAAAUGGGAAAAAGCACCCUUUAGAAGUACUUGUAAUUGUCCAAAUGUAAUACUGCUGUGUAUCCUAUUCUGAUUCCCUAUUUGUUUCCACAGACUUUCAAAACACUCAUCUAGUGUCCUUAACACUGUAGCUGAAAUGGUUAAAAAUUUUGGCCAGAAGAUACAAUCUGUAUGUACUGGAAAAGUAGACAAUCACGUUUGAGAAUGUUUUACAUUAUUUUUCAAUCACCAACUAAAAUCAAUCUCUCUUUGAAUGUAGAUACAGUAUAUGGUUUUGCAGUGAAUUCUGAAUGGAAAAAAAGAAUCAAGUCUGACACUUACAUGAAAUGUGACUUAGGAUCAUUUGAAUGAUAUAUAGAAAUAUAGACGUACAUGUCAUUGUACAAAGCAAAAUUUGAAAGCAAAAUGAGAAGCAGCAGCAACACAUGUCUCUCUAAUUGUCAACAAUAUAUUUCCCAGAUUUUGUUGCCACAGUAUCGGUUCUGGGUUAUCUGGCUUGUUUAUGUAUUAUUUAAAUUAACAUAGCUGAAUGCAGCUGUUUGUUCAAGUUAUACAGUAGUAGAGAGUUCACCACUCUCUGCCGUCCUCCAGAGAUGACCAUUAAAAAGAAAUUUCUACUUUAGCAUAGGUAGAAUAAAGCAAAUCAGUGAUAUCCUAGGAAGAAUUUUCACCACAAUCAGAGACACUCAGAUGAUCACGUGCAGGUCUGACAUGCGGGGAACAGGGCAGGCUGUUGGUGAGACCUGAGCACACACGACCCUGCUUGCAUGAGCUCUGUGCCCCUGGAAUUAGUCUUAAGUUCAACUGGUGAGUUUAAUGAAUAGGCAAAAUCUGUGAUAUUUUGAGGCUCCCAAAAUGUUGUGUCAACCUCAGAUUGUAUCUAAUACUAUAUUCCUAAAAUAAAAGACUUUUAUUUUAA